AUGUUUAUGCUCAGGAACGUGAGCAAAUACCUCUUCGGCGAUACAUCCAAGGAAUCGCUUGUCGAGAUCCCGCAGGGCCAGCUUUACUUGGUCCGCCCACUUUCGCCCAAAGGCUACUCGGAACUAAUCUUCAAAGACGCUGCUGCUAGCAUCCGUCGAACCGGACAAGAAUAUCACUAUCAACUUGUGGUCCUGCGCGCGUACGAGGAAGGCGAGGAGGAGCUGCUGGCCGAGGAGAACGGCGAGGACACUUUGGCCGAUAGCCUUGGACUCGAGAAAGACGAAAAAACAUUUUUGCUCGACGAGAGCUUGCAUUUCCGCUGCGAAGUCCGCGAGGGAGGAGAGAAGGUCUUUGCUUGGAGAGAUCUCAGUGGGGACCCUGGCGAUCUCUACGAGUUCGUCUGCGAUACGUCGACUCCGACCAGUACCGUCAGCACUUUUGAGAUUGUCGCGGUUCAGUGUCAAUACGAGCGAAAGUUCCGCAAGAGCCACCAAACUGCUACGGAGCAAGAUCUUGAGCAAUUUUCUUUCACCGAGGAACAGCCUAUUCCAAGUGCUACCUCCCGCCGAAACUCGCGGCUUGCUGUUCCUGGAUCACCCUCUUCCCCUCGCGUCGGCACAGCCCCUGAAAUAACGGAAGAGCCCAUCAUGCCGAGGACUCCACAGAAGCAAAUUAUCCCGGCAUCACCUGAGGACACUGUCACCGCUCCGCCUCCGGCAGUGACACACCCGGUUGGUACCGACAUUCUGACCAAGGAGAGAGCCGAAUUGCAUCUGUUCGACUUUGAGUCAGGUACCUUUGUUUUGCAGGAUCCCUCUAUCGUUGCGACUGUCUCGGAAUAUGGGACGUGGCAAUAUUGGCUCUCGAUCACUGGCGCUGAUCGGGACUGGUUGGGUCAGGAUGUGGUGCCAGAUAUCAAUCCUGUCUUCAAUUUUGAGUAUCUCUCUUUCAUCUUUAAUCACUAUACCAGUGAUGGUUCUGCCUAUUCAUGGUUGCUUCGUUUCAAGGACCAGGAGACCGAAGAGAGAUUCCAAGAAGGACUUUUGCGGGCCUUGUGGGAGAAACUCAACGAGACCAGGUGGAUCAAGGCCAAGGAUGAUGACAGAGAAUACGUGCUAGAGGCCUUUCAGGAUCUUACCAUGGAGGACGCACCGGCGGCCGAAGCUGAAGAGGAAGAGCACGAGGAAGAGGAAGAAGAUAUCGAGGACGACGGUCAGCGCAGCGAACAUUAUGAUUCCGAUGAAUCUGAAGAUGAUGUUAAUGCUCAUCCUGAUGACGACAAUGUCAACUCUCAGCUGGCCGUGGGCUAUAAGCAUGACCGAUCAUUCGUCGUGCGUGGCUCCAAGAUUGGCGUCUUCAAGCACACCCCGAACAACAACUUGGAGUUUUCCACCAAUAUCUCCAAGGUCGAAACUCCCAAAGGCAAGCUGUUCAGCCCCAAGAAGGUCAUGCUUCAUGCCGAAGACCAGAAUAUGAUUUUACAAAACUCCGACAACCCUAACUCCCUGUACCGAAUGGAUCUGGAGUACGGCAAAGUCGUGGACGAAUGGAAGGUGCACGAUGACAUUCCCGUCAUGAAUUUUGCGCCAGACAAGAAAUUUGCCCAGAUGACCGGCGAACAGACCUUCCUCGGCCACUCUCACAAUGCCUUGUACCGUAUCGAUCCCCGUCUUGCCGGCAACAAGCUCGUCGACUCGCAGCUCAAGCAAUACGCCUCGAAGAAUGACUUUUCCACUGCGGCGACUACAGAAAAGGGCUACAUUGCGGUUGCCUCCAAUAAGGGUGACAUUCGCAUGUUUGACCGUCUAGGCAUCAACGCCAAGACUCAUAUCCCCGCGCUUGGUGAGCCCAUUAUUGGUCUCGACGUCUCCGCCGAUGGCCGCUGGGUCCUGGCCACGUGCCGCACAUACUUGCUCCUCAUCGAUGCUCUUCAAAAGGAAGGCAAGAACGAGGGCAAGCUCGGGUUUGAAAAGUCCUUUGGCAAAGACUCCAAGCCACAGCCCCGCCGUCUCGGUCUGCAACCUGCGCACGUUGCGCAAUUCCAACACGAAACCGGCGCACCGCUCUCGUUCACCCCUGCCCAUUUCAACACUGGUGUCGAUAGCAAUGAAACGUCCAUCAUUACCGCCACUGGCCCGUUCAUCGUCACCUGGAACAUGAAGAAGGUCCUCGCGGGCCGCAAGGACCCCUACACGAUCAAGCGCUACGCAGAGGAAGUCAAGGCAGACAAUUUCAAGUUUGGCACCGACAAAAAUGUCAUUGUCGCCCUCCCGAAUGAGGUCAAUAUGGUUGCCAAGACCGCACUCCGCAGACCAACUCGUGAGAGUAUCGCUACGCCGGUCAAGUCUCGUGGAACGCCCCGUCGCAGCAGUGGUCGCAUUGGUGCCCUGAGGAGAAACGAUAUCGUAAAUAGUCCUUACUAG